UUUUCUUCGCAGUGAGGGAUGAAACGCUCUGUCAUCUCACAUUUUUACUGCAGCAGCCGCGUGAACAGACCAAUGGAGCUAUGACGUGUGUGUCGGUGAGUCUCAUUUAUCACCAUGUUCUAGUGUGUGUGCGUGUGAGGGGGGGGGGGGGGGGGGGGGGGGUGUACUGUAGGCUACAGCAAACUCAUUACUAUUCAUCUGAUGUUGCGCUUCACAGUGAAAUUGUGAAAAUAUAUAUAUAUUAUAGAUAUAUAGCUGAAUAUCAGAUGGAUAAGAGGUUGAUUUUCUUUAGACAUGUCCUGAGUCAAAACGUCAUGAUCUAAGCAGCACAACCGGUGUCAUGGCCCCUGUAGCACCUGGGGGGUGUCACUGCAGCGAAUGAAGAGGAAUGGGCUCUGAUUAAAAUAUUCAGCCAUAUGCAGCUGAUACAGGGCCAGAUAUAGGAUACCUGAUGUUGCAGCUGCAGUAGGCUACCAGUCACAGCCAAGAGAUACAUUUAAAUGUUACAUAUUCAUCUCUUUCUCUCUCUCUCUCUAAAAUAGAUUCAAUUCAAAUGACCUUUAUUGGCACGAAUGGGCACGAUCAAUACAAUAUCAAUGCUAUAGCAACAACUAGUUGUGCGGACAUGUUUUACAUGCAUACUAAUUUCCCCGAAAGUGCAGUGGGGUUCUGAAAUUUAGAAACAAAGGACUGAUAUUUAACAAAAAUUACAAUAAGGAAAUUACAUUAAUAACAAUUGCAAUAACUAUCACAUACUGUACUGCCAGCCCCAAGACUGUUGGCAUGUUGAUUUUGAAUGUAUGCACAAAAGAUUAUUCACCUGAAAUAAUAAUAUAUAUUAUUACACUGAAGUUAAGUGGUAACUGGGCAAAAUAAUUCCUUAAUGGUGAGUAACUAUAACUUGUUACCAUGCUAUUGCAAUGUUAUUACCACUUUACCCUGUGCUGUAACCAGUGGCGAUUUAAGCAUGUAAAUCUUGGUGGGGCAAACUCAACAUUUUUUUUUAGAUGCAUGCCAGCAAAGCCACUACACAACACAACACUAAACAAUACAUGAAUUGCACUAUAACGGUGACAAACGGUGCCCACAAACUGUUAGGGCCUACAGAAAGCUGUCCCAACAGCAGAGUUUUCUUUUCAGCACCAUGGAGUGAAUCCUUACCACCGCUACACCUGGCUAUCAGCGGAGCCUAGUCUGUCAGCGAAACAGUUAAUUCAGCCUCAUUUACUGCCUUUUUAAAAAACAGAGCUGAUAUGGCUGACUUGCUUAAACAAAUGUGGUUUCUACUGUCAAUUGAGAUGUAUAAACUAUGGCAUAAGGGAACGAUGAGCGGAUAAGAGGCAAUCUGUAAUUUCGAUUAAGACAUUUAAUGAGCGAGCUAAGACAGACGCAGUCAAUACAACUAUUUGUUCAGCGCUUUUGAAAUGUACAUCGACAGAAUUCAGAACAUGGGCCAUUCUUAGGGCCAUUCUUACAGUAUUCUCCCUGUACACCAAGUCAGAACCGUAGGAUAAAUAAAGGGGGCAUAUAAGCAGACAAUGAAAGCUCUUACAAUAUUCGAUGAUUACAUUUCUCUAAAACAGGCUAUAGGCUACAUGUGCACCACCAAGUCAGAACAGUAGGCUAAAUUCUGAGGGGGAAAGGGACCAAAUUAUUAGGGUGAGGCACAUGGGCUACUAACAGCUUACUACACAACAUACACUUAGUAUUACUUUCUUAGCUACAGUAUACAUAUCUCCCUGGCAUAUUACAUAAUUUAUGCAGCAGCAUACAAUACAUUUUUGGAAUCACCGUUGUGCUGUUCUCACUUGAACAGGAAGGUGGUGCGGAAGUCCUUCUUCUGGGCAAAUUUUGUCAUGAAACUUUGUCAUCAAAGUCUGGCAUUCUCUAGAUUUAUGGUGCUUUCAAGACAACUGAGAACUCGGAAAAAAACAAGGUUGAAUCAUGACGUCAGUGAUCUUCAGGUCGGAGCUCUAGAAAGAGGCCCGAGUUCCCGACUUGGAAUUUCAAGUUGGAUGACCACUCAAAACGUAUUUUCCAAGUCGGAGAUCGUUUUUUUCAGAGUUCCCAGUUGUCUUGAACUCACUGAAGUCUGAGAUUUCAGAGUUUCCAGUUGUUUUGAACGAGGCAGAAGUCAUGCUGGAUUGACAGCAUGGCCAAUGUAUUCAACCUUUUCUGGCCCAUGGUGUUGCGCGUUAAUGUUUAUCCUUUUAAGCUUGGAAAAGAGACCCUUAAACCCAGACUUGGAUCACACCCCUCUCCACCGAAUAGCAGGGGAAGCAAAAUAGUGAUUGCUUUGCAGCGAUUUCAGUUAGCCACUGAUUCCCUCCAAACCACUAAUUGUUGAAUUUGCAAUUUUCCAACUUGUUGUGUAAUGUUUUUGUCCAAUGCAAUGGCCGAUGAGCACCGAUUCGUUUGAUCUAUAAUUUAUCUUCAUAUGACAAGGAUUGAAAAGGAUUUGCCAGUAGAUUGUCGACGUGAUUCAUGAUGAUGACUGCUUGUCUAGCUUGCUAGCUAAGAUUUUGAAAGUAUGAUGUUGACAUGAUCAGUCCAAUCAAAGCUACGGUAGAUAUAACGUGAUUUGACGUCAUUUUAUCUGUGGCCAAUGACCUUGACCCUUCUUGGAUGGGCACUUCAAAUGUAAAUCUAUGGCAGUACCCAAGGGGGCUUGAACUUUCUAGCUCUCCCUGUAGAUUUUGUGGUGACGUAGUGUCCCCAUGAGUGACAGAACACUGAGCCAAUCACGGCACAACUAGAGAAGAUGACCAACCCCUAUGCUCUGUAUUUUCCGCUAGCUGCCCCUCCACCACAGAAAGCACUGAGCUAGGCUGAAGCACCUUUAUGUUUGUAUGCGGCUUUAUUAACUCAAUAUAUGUUUUUUGUUUUGUUUUUUUACAUUGUUUGCAAACUGAUAUGUGACACGUAUUAAUGCCAAAAUAACAGGCAAAACAGGCAACAACAAAACAGGUGGGGCUCAAAACAGGUGGCUCUGUCCCACCUGCCCUGAAUAACGGGUCGCCACUGGCUGUAAUAUAAAAUUAUACCAAGAUUACUCUCAGUUUCUCUGUAGUUGGAGAAUGGGAGGAGAUAAUGUCUCUCAGUUUCUACCACUCUGCACCCUGAGAGGUUGCAGCCUGUUCUCUCUGGCCAGUCAUGUUGUUUUAAUGGGGUCUUCAUGUCUAUACUUUAAGUCUGCCUUUAUUUGUGGUAUUGUACUCUGUCAGACUAGGCUGUGUCAAAACUUGCAUGCUCUUUUUUUUCAACUGUCAGUAGAAGAGGGAAUUUGCCCAGUUCAGCCCGCAUGCUUGGAGGAGAACCAUUGUACAUGCAGUAUGUAUAUAUCAUUCAAGCUCUGUCUCAAUCUUUUUCUCUCUGUUUGUCUCUCUGUCUCUCUCUCUCCCUCCCUCCAGGCAGAACAGUGUGACUGUACGAAGAGAACCGGGAGGUGACUGGCUGACCCAGGGAGGAGAGAGACAUAUUCUGAGACAAACACACACAGAAAACUGAGCAGGGCUGUGUAGAGUGUGUGUUAGACUCUCAGACGGAGUCCUGACCUUAACCCAACGCCGACGCUCCCACGUCCCUCCAACAUGUCUCCCCCGUCUACCCCCACCCCGCUCCCCUCUCUGCCCUCCUCUCUACUGUGUGUCCUCUCCAUGCUCCUGUCCCUGUUCAGACUGAGGGGCAUCCUCCCCCCUCUCCUCUCACUUGUACUGUCCCUCCCCCCUGCUGCUAGCCAGUCACUCAUCACCACGUCCCAGGGCAGACUGAGGGGUCAGUUGACCCCCCUGCCUUCUGACCUGCUGGGCCCUGUUGUCCAGUACCUGGGGGUCCCCUAUGCCCGCCCCCCCACCGGAGAGAGACGCUUCCAGCCCCCCGAGCCCCCCCUGUCCUGGCCAGGGGUGAGGAACGCCACCCAGUUCUCCCCAGUCUGCCCCCAGCCUGUAGAGGAACACAGCCUGCUGACAGAGAUGUUACCUCUCUGGUACUCUGCCAAUCUGGACAUAGCCAGCACAUACCUGGCACAGCAGAGUGAAGACUGCCUCUACCUCAAUAUAUACGUCCCCACUGAGGAAGGUAUGUAGUAUGUACAGUACACACACACACACACACAAAUCAUCUAUCUCUACAUAUUUAUGCAUGCACCCACAUAUGUUUCUUUGCAUACUACAAGAGCUGUUGAACACUCAGAAAAUCUGGCUUGUGUGUGUGAUUCCAGACAUCCAUGAUGAAGGCGGUCUGCGGCCAGUGAUGGUGUAUGUCCAUGGAGGUUCUUACUCAGAGGGGAGCGGCAACAUGAUGGACGGCAGUGUCCUCGCUAGCUAUGGAAACGUCAUCGUCAUCACAAUCAACUACAGGCUGGGAGUACUGGGUUAGUCAACUUCAUCAUCAUCAUCAGCGUCGUUGUCAUCAUCAUCAUCAUUAUCAUCAUCACCUUCAUCUUCAUCUUUACCAUCAUCAUCAUGAGAUUCCGCCUAAUCACCUUUCUGGCUUACUCUGGUUGAAAUGUCACUGGUCUGUGUUGCCACUGAGAAGCUAGCAGCCUGUAUAUAGCCAGAUUAAUCUGUGUGUGUGAGAGAGAGAGAGAGAGAGAGAGAGAGAGGGGAGAGGUGGGGGUGAGAGAGAGAGAGAGAGAGAGAGUGUGUACGCCUGGUUAGAGGGGAGCCAACAGCUUUGUGUUUAUGGCUCACAGUAGGUGGAGUUCAAUUAAGCUUUAUGAGAGGAGAGAGAAAGAGAGAGAGAGAGAGAGAAGAGAGGUGGGGGUGAGAGAGAGGAGAGGAGAGAGAGGAGAGGUGGGGUGAGAGAGAGAGAGAGAGAAGAGAGGUGGGGUGAGAGAGAGAGAGAGAGAGAGAGAAGAGAGGUGGGUGUGAGAGAGAGAGAGAGGAGAGGUGGGGUGAGAGAGUAAAGGAAAGGAGCGAUAGUAACUGGUGUCCGCUAACCAACCAAGAAUCCACAAAAUGGGACAAACACCAAAUUGAGACUCUACAUGCAUGUUCAAUUUUACAACCACCUAAAAGGAAGCGAUUCCCAAAACUUCCAUAACAACGCCAUCACCUACAGAGUAAUUAACCUAGAGAAGAGUCCCCUAAGCAAGCUGGCCCUGGGGCUCUGUUCACAAACACAAACAGACCCCACAGAGCCCCAGGACAUCAACGCAAUUAGACCCAACCAAAUCAUGAGAAAACCAAAAGAUAAUUACUUGACACAUUGGAAAGAAUUAACCAACAAACAGAGCAAACUGCAAUGCUAUUUGGCCAUAAAUAGAGAGUACACAGUGGCAGAAUACCUGACCACUGUGACUGACCCAAAAUUAAGGAAAGCUUUGACUAUGUAAAGAUUCAGUAAGCAUAGCCUUGCUAUUGAGAGAGGCCGCCGUAGGCAGACCUGGCUCUCAAGAGAAGACAGGCUAUGUGCACACUGCCCACACAAUGAGGUGGAAACUGAGCUGCACUUCCUAACCUCCUGCCAAAUGUAUGACCAUAUUAGAGACACAUAUUUCCCUCAGAUUACACAGAACCACAAAGAAUUCGAAAACAAAUUCAAUUUUGAUAAAAAAACUCCCAUAUCUAUUGGGUGAAAUACCACAGUGUGCCAUCACAGCAGCAAUAUUUGUGACCUGUUGCCACAAGAAAAGGGCAACCAGUGAAGAACAAACACUAUUGUAAAUACAACCCAUAUUUAUGUUUAUUUAUUUUUCCUUUUGUACAACACUGUACAUAUCCAUAAUAUAUGACAUUUGAAAUGUCUCUAUUCCUUUGAAACUUUUGUUAGUGUAAUGUUUACUGUUCAUUUUUGAUUGUUUAUUUCACUUUUUUUGUUAUCUAUUUCACUUGCUUUGGCAAUGUAAACAUAUGUUUCCCAUGCCAAUAAAGCUCUUUUAAUUUAAUUGAAUUGAGAGAAGAGAGGCAGGGUGUGAGGUAGGAGGGGGAGGGAAUAAGAGAGAGGGUAAGAGAUGGGGAGGGGAGGGAAGAGAGAGAGAGAGGAUAAGAGAGUGGGAGAGGAGGUGAUCCAGGGAAAGAGGUAGUGAGGGAAGGGUCAAGAGGAAAAGGAGGAGGAAAGCAAGAGGGGAGAAGGAGAGGAGGUCUAAGUGAUCUGAUUUAUAAUCAUUGAAGGUCACAUGUAUCUUGUGGCUCAGCCCUCAGUAACACACACUCCAGCUCAUCCUGUUAGUGACACACUCAUGUCUCUAAUGUGGCGUGUGAAUUAGUGACACACUCAUUUUGCGUGUGCAUGUGUUCAGUGACACAUGACUCUUCUGCUGUCCCAGGUCUACCUCAGGUCUGACUGAGGGUGGUGAGCAACGGUCACAUGACAUCAUCAGUCACUGGGUCCUCGGGAUUUGGCUACACUGUCAAACAUGUCUGUCAAUCUGUGUUUAGACAAUACAUUGUAUCUACAGUAUAAGGGUUAGUGCGCAACUGUAGCCACUUACUGGAUUAGGGUUAGGUUUAAACGGCAUACUGUAAUACUUGUUAUUAUUGAUUUAUUAAAAUCAUUAAUGAGAAAUUGAUAAUUAUCUGCCGUAACAACCAAUCCCCAGUGAGCCUACUAGUCCCAGAAUUGUAAGGAAUCAAACCUAGUUUGAAGUGGAGAUCGGCCUUUAGUUCCAAGUCCAUAUUUACAUCCUGCUGUUCAUGUCUUUGAUGAAUUUUUUUUACAUAAGUAUUCAGACCCUUUGCUAUGAGACUCGAAAUUGAGCUCAGGUGCAUCCUGUUUCCAUUGAUCAUCCUUGAGAUGUUUCUACAACUUGAUUGGAUUGGACAUGAUUUGGAAAGGCACACACCUGUCUAUAUAAGGUCCCACAGUUGACAGUGCAUGUCAGAGCAAAAACUGAGCAAUCGGGGGAGAAGGUCCUUGGUCAGGGAGGUGACCAAGAACCCGAUGGUCACUCUGACAGAGCUCCAGAGUUCCUCUGUGGAGAUGGGAGAACCUUCCAGAAGGACAAUCAUCUCUGCAGCACUCCACAAUCAUCGCUUUAUGGUAGAGUGGCCAGAUGGAAGCCACUCCUCAGUAAAAGGCACAUGACAGCACGCUUGGAGUUUGCCAAGUCUCAAGGUUUUGCUCGCCUGAGGUAGAGUAUCUCAUGAUAAGCUGUAGACCACACUAUUUACCAAGAGAGUUUUCAUCUAUAUUUUUCGUAGCUCUCUAUUUACCACCACAAACCGAUGCUGUCACUAAGGCUGCACUCAAUGAGCUGUAUAAGGCCAUAAGCAAACAGGAAAACGCUCAUCCAGAGGCGGCGCUCCUAGUGGCCGGGGACUUUAAUGCAGGGAAACUUAAAUCCGUUUUACCCAAUUUAUACCAGCAUGUUAAAUGUGCAACCAGAGGGAAAAAAAUUCAGGUCAACAUUCACAAGGCAGACAGAUUACGAGGACUUGUACUCCGAGCAUGCGCUGACCAACUUGCAAGUGUCUUCACUGACAUUUUCAACCUCUCCCUGACUGAGUCUGUAAUACCAACAUGUUUCAAGCAGACCACCAUAGUCCCUGUGCCCAAGAACACUAAGGUAACCUGCCUAAAUGACUAUAGACAUGUAGCACUCACGUCUGUAGCCAUUAUCCCAGAAACCCUAGACCCACUCCAAUUUGCAUACCACCCCAACAGAUCCACAGAUGAUGCAAUCUCUAUUGCACUCCACACUGUCCUUUCCCACCUGGACAAAAGGAACACCAACGUGAGAAUGCUAUUCAUUGACAACAGCUCAGCGUUCAACACCAUAGUGCCCUCAAAGCUCAUCACUAAGCUAAGGACCCUGGGACUAAACACCUCCCUCUGCUCUGGCACCCCAAUGGUGGAACAAGCUCCCUCACGACGCCAGGACAGCGGAGUCACUCACCACCUUCCGGAGACAUUUGAAACCCCACCUCUUUAAGGAAUACCUGGGAUAGGAUAAAGUAAUCCUUCUACCCCCCCCCCCCCCCCCCCCCAAAAAAAAUUUUUUAUAAAAAUAAUAAUUGGAAAGUGGUUAUCCCACUGGCUAUAGGGUGAAUGCACCAAUUUGUAAGUCGCUCUGGAUAAGAGCGUCUGCUAAAUGACAUAAAUGUGCCCUUGAGCAAGGCACUUAACCCUAAUUGCUCCUGUAAGUCGCUCUGGAUAAGAGCGUCUGCUAAAUGACUAAAAUGUAAAUGUAAAUGUAACUGGAUCCUGGACUUCCUGACGGGCCGCCCCCAGGUGGUAAGGGUAGGUAACAACACAUCUGCCAUGCUGAUCCUCAACACGGGGGCCCCUCAGGGGUGCUAGCUCAGUCCCCUCCUGUACUCCCUGUUCACCCAUGACUGCAUGGCCAGGCACGACUCCAACACCAUCAUUAAGUUUGCCGACGACACAACAGUGGUAGGCCUGAUCACCGACAACGAUGAGACAGCCUAUAGGGAGGAGGUUAGAGACCUGGCCAUGUGGUGCCAGGAUAACAACCUCUCCCUCAACGUGAUCAGAUUUGGCAUGGGUCCUCAGAUCCUCAAAGGUUUCUACAGAUGCACCAUCGAGAGCAUCCUGACUGGUUGCAUCACUGCCUGGUAUGGCAACUGACUGGUUGCAUCACUGCCUGGUAUGGCAAUCCUGGUUGUGUGGUGCCAGGAUAACAACCUCUCCCUCAACGUGAUCAAGACAAAGGAGAUGAUUGUGGACUACAGGAAAAAGAAGAGGACCGAGCACGCCCCCAUUCUCAUCGACAGGUCUGUAGUGGAGCAGGUUGAGAGCUUCAAGUUCCUUGGUGUCCAUGUCACCAACAAACUAUCAUGGUCCAAACGCACCAAGACAGUCGUGAAGAGGGCAUAACAAAGCCUUUUCCCCCUCAGGAGACUGAAAAGAUUUGGCAUGGGUCCUCAGAUCCUCAAAAGGUUCUACAGAUGCACCAUCGAGAGCAUCCUGACUGGUUGCAUCACUGCCUGGUAUGGCAACUGCUCGGCCUCCGACUGCAAGGCACUACAGAGGGUAGUGCGUACGGCCCAGUACAUAGUCACUUUAACUAUACCUACAUGUACAUAUUACCGCAAUUACCUUGACUAACCGGUGCCCCCGCACAUUGACUCUGUACCGGUAACCCCUGUAUAUAGCUUCGCUACUGUUAUUUUUACUGUUAUUUUACAGCUUUUAUUUUUUACUUAUCUAUUGUUUACUUAACACUUAUUUUAAAACUGCAUUGUUGGUUAGGUCUUGUAAGUAAGCAUUUCACUGUAAGGUCUACACCUGUUGUAUUCGGUGCAAGUGACAAAUCAAAUUUGAUUUGAUUUGAAAAGGCACCUAAAGAACUCUGUCGACCAUGAGAAACACCUCAUGGUGUGGCGCAGUGGUCUAAGGCACUGCAUCGCAGUGAUAACUGUGUCACUAGAGAUCCUGGUUCGAAUCCAGGCUCUGUCGCCCGCGACCGGGAGACUCAUGGGCGGCGCACAAUUGGCCCAGCGUCGUCCAGGGUAGGGGAGGGAAUGGCCGGCAGGGAUGUAGCUCAGUUGAUAGAGCAUGGCGUUUGCAACGCCAGGGUUGUGGGUUCGAUUCCCACGGGGGGCCAGUAUAAAAAAAAUGUAUUCACUAACUGUAAGUUGCUCUGGAUAAGAGCGUCUGCUAAAUGACUAAAAUGUAAAAUGUAAACAAGAUUCUCUGGUCUGAUGAAACCAAGAUUGAACUCUUUGGCCUGAAUGCCAAGUGUCACGUCUGGAGGAAACCAGGCACCGCUCAUCACCUGGCCAAUACCAUCCCUACGGUGAAGCAUGGUGGUGGUAGCAUCAUGCUGUGGGGAUGUUUUUCAACGGCAGGGACUGGGAGACUAGUCAGGAUUGAGGGAAAGACGAACUGAGAAAAGUACAGAGAGAUCCUUGAUGAAAACCUGCUCAGGACCUCAGACUGGGCGAAGGUUCACCUUCCAACAGGACAACGUCCCUAAGCACACAGCCAAGACAACUCAGGAGUGGCUUCAGGACAAGUCACUGAAUGUCCUUGAGUGGUCCAGCCAGAGCCCGGACUUGAACCCGAUCUAACAUCUCUGGAGAGACCUGAAAAUAGCUGUGCAGCGACGCUCCCUAUCCAACCUAACAGAGCUUGAGAGGAUCUGUAGAGAAGAAUGGGAGGAACUCCCGAAAUACAGGAGUGCCAAGCUUGUAGCGUUAUACCCAGGAAGACUAAAGGAUGUAAUCACUGCCAAAGGUGCUGCAACAAAGUACUGAGUAAAGGGUCUGAAUACUUGUGUAAAUGUGAUAUUUCAGUUGUUUAUUUUUUUUAAAAUUUGCUAACAUUUCUAAAAACCUGUUUUUGCUUUGUCAUUAUGGGGCAUUGUGUGUAGAUUGAUGUGGAUUUUUUUUAUUUUUAUAAUAAGGCUGUAACGUAACAAAAUGUGGAACAAGUCAAGGGGUCUGAAUACUUUCCGAAUGCACUGUAUUUCUGUUUGUUGUGUUAUUUUAAACAUUUUACUCUAAUAUCUACUAGACUUUCCUUUGAUAUUGCUGUGUAAUUUAUAUGUGUUACUUCCUUAGGUUUCCUCAGUACGGGUGACCAGGCAGCUAAAGGCAACUAUGGUCUGUUGGACCAGAUCCAGGCUCUGCGCUGGGUGAAGGAGAACAUUGCUGCAUUCAGCGGAGACCCAGACAGAGUCACCGUGUUUGGCUCUGGGGCUGGAGCCUCCUGUGUCAGCCUGCUAACUCUGUCCCACUACUCUGAGGGUAAGUAACCUCUAACCCCUGAACCCUAACUCUUGACCUUUAACUUCUAACUUUCAGCCUGGUCACAGUUCUCAAAGAAUCACCUCCAAUUCCUGACCCAUAACCUCUGACCUCUAACCUCUGUCAGCAUGCUGUGUAUCAGAUCUGUUCCAGAAGGCGAUCAUCCAGAGUGGGACAGCCCUGUCCAGCUGGGCGGUCAACUACCAGCCAGGGAAGUAUGCAAGGCUGCUGGGGGACAAGGUGGGCUGCAGCCUGGAGGACUCAUCAGAGCUGAUCGUCUGCCUGCAGGGGAAGACCUACCAGGAGCUGGUGGAACAGAACAUCACUCCAGCUAAAUACCACACCGCCUUCGGACCUGUCAUCGACGGUGAUGUCAUCCCUGAUGACCCCCAGAUACUCAUGGAGCAGGUGAGAAAAUAUAGAACACUAUGGUAUAUAUAGAUUAUACAUGUAUUACAAGUUAUUCUGAAAAUGUUAGACCUGGACAUAGCACCAUUUCAGCAGCUACGUUUGUCUUAAAUUAUAUAUUAAAUUGCUUAGAUCAUAGGAAUCACUGUGCUGCCACAUGUAUAGAUCUAUCAAAGGCCUUUGAUACUGUCGACCAUCCCCUACUCAUUCAAAGGUUGUCUGAAAUUGGCCUCGACCAGGCGUCUUGCAAGUGGUUUGGGAACUAGCUGUCAGAUAGGACACAAUGUGUGCUUUCUGAUGGUGUCAAGUUUCCUCGAUAUUACUAAAGGUGUCCCGCAGGGGUCGAUUUUGGGACUUGUCCUCUUUACUAUUUAUAUAAAUAAAAUUGGUCUAUCUCCAAAAACCUGUAACAUUCAUCUGUAUGCAGAUGACACUGUUAUGUGUGCGUAAAAAAAAUAAUCAGAUGGCUUACACAUUUAUGCAUUGGAUGGUUCUUUCAUUGAGCAGGUUCCCGACUAUAAAUAUCUGGGCUUUUGGACUGAUAAUAAUUUGACGUUCAAAAAACGAGUUAAGAAGCUGAGAUUUAAAAUAGGCUUAUUUUAUAGAAAUAGAUAAUUCUUCUCCCCGAUCAGCAGGAGGCAGAUUGUACAGUCAACUUUCCUGCCAGAUCUUGACAACGGUGACACCAUUUAUCGGAAUGCAGCAGCCACUACUCUUAAACCUUUGGAUGCCAUCUAUCAUAGCUUUUCGCUUUGUCACAGGUGAUAGUUUUAAUAUGCAUCACUGCAUCCUGUAUUAAAAGGUUGGCUGGUCCUCAUUAAAGUCCUGUAGAUCACUUCAUUACUCCCUUUUUGUCUACAAAGCUCUACUAUACAAGCUCCUGACUUACCUAACUUCGUUGUUAAAGUAUAAAAACAUGAGAUACCAAACCCCUUCACAGGGUUGGUUGACUCUUGAGAUUCCUCGGGUCUCCACCGAACUAGGUAAAUCCGCUUUUAGUUUUAAUCCUCCAGAUUUUUGGAAUCACUUUCAAAAUUCAUUACAUUUGGAUUCCCUGGUGCCACUAAGGCAGUUUAAAACCCUGAUGAUAAAUGAGUUCACCGAGGUGUGCAAUUGUUUUGAUUGACUUUAAUAAUUUGUUUAUGAUGCCUGUGAUGUUUGUGAUGUUCUAAUGUAAUGUACUUGUUAUUCUAUCUUGUAGUUUUUAUAUUUUAUUUUAUGUCCUCAGGACACCAUUGAAAAAACAGAGAUCACCCAAGAAGAAAUAUUAGAUACUGUUAAAAUAUUAGCAUGGAGAAAAGCACCAGGAAUGGAUGGCUUUCCCAUAGAAUUCUAUUCAACAUUUUGGGACAAGGUAGCCCCACUAUUUACACAAAUGACAAAGCACAUGUCACUCAAUUCAAUACUUCCUAGUUCCAUGUAUCAAACGGUUAUUACAGUUAUGUUAUGAGUCCCCUGCUGAUUAUAGACCCAUACGUUUAAUAAAUUGUGACAAUAAAAUAAUAACAAAGCUUAUAAGCAAUAAAAUGGCAAAAGUCUUACCAGACUUGAAACAGUAUAUAUUAAUCAAACAAGGUUUAUUAAAAAUAGACACAAACAAAUACAAGAACAUGUUCCAGUUUAAUACAAUAACCCCAAAAACAAGAUAUACAUUUAUCAAAAAUGGCUGUUGAUGCUGAAAAAGGCUUUUGACUGUCUAGAAUGGCUUUUUCUAUUCAAAACUUUGGAAGCUUUCAACUUUCCAGCUGAAAUAAUAAAUGUAAUAAAGCCAAAAUAUACACAAAUAAUAUAUUAUCUGUUGAAAUUGCUUUAGAAAGGGGCACAAGACAGGGAUGCCACUUCAUAUUUAAGAACACUAUAACAAUAUCAAAGAAAAUGAAACAUAUUCUACAAGAACCAAUAUCACUCCCUAAAAACACAACCUUAUGGAACGAUCCUUGGACAGCUUUUCAGAAUUCAUAAAUUGGUCCACAUGGAAAACUAAAGGCAUAAAAAACGUAAAUUACUUGGUAACAGGAAAUACAUGUAUUUCCAUUACAGAAUUAAAAAGUAAUUUUGGACUGACCAAUGAAGAUACAGUCAUUUUAAAUACAUGCAACUUAAAAGUUACAUAUCACAAAAUUUCAGAGCGACCUUGAGGGUAUCUUAUUUGAGUCGGAAACGGAUGCUCAUAUGAUAGGUGUGACGAGUACUGAGGAUACGAAGAGGCAGGACGCAGAUGCAGGAAUCAACAAUGUAAAGGUUUACUUAACACUGAGCAAGAGAACAACAAAGAGCGAGUACACGACAAGACACUGCCGGUCCUGACAGUGGCAACGAAGAAACCACCCCGGCUCCUGGUUCAUGUGCUCCACCUGCCCAUUCGACUGAGGCCUAUACCCGGAAGUGAGGCUGGCUGUGGCCCCGAUCUUCUCCAGGAAAGCCUUCCACACUCGGGAGGUGAAUUGGGGGUCACGGUCCGAGACUAUGUCCUCCUGAAGUCCAUAAUGCCAGAAGACCUGUUGAAACAGGACCUCAGCGAUCUGGAGAGCAGAAGGAAGACCAGUUAGUGGCAAAAAACGGCAUGAUUUGGAGAACCGAUCUACGACCACCAGGACUGUUGUGGAGCCGUCCGACCGUGGGAGGUCAGUGACAAAGUCUCUGGACAGGUGUGACCAAGGUCACUCAGGCACUGGGAGAGGAACUAGUUUGCCUGCCGGGGCGUUCCGAGGUAUCUUUGUUUGGGCACAUAUGGAACAGGAGUUGAUACAGCGGGAGACAUCAGUAGCCAAGGUGGGCCACCAGUACUUUUGUGAGAGAGAAUGCGCGUAAUACUGCCGUAAGGGUGGUGUGCGCCUAGAUCAGCAGGCGGUCACGGACCCUGGUGGGUACAUACACGCACCCCGGAGGGGCGUUGGCAGGCGCUGGGUCCUCCUGAGCCACCAGGUGGAUGUCUUCGUCCACAUCCCAAACGACAGGUGCCACGAUGAGAGACGGAGGCAAGAUAGGACCCCCCAGAUCCUUCCUUUCUCCGGUAUGGUGCAUCCUGGAGAGUGCGUCGGCUUUCACAUUCUGGGAUCCUGGGCGGUAGGACAGAAUAAACUGAAAGCAAGUAAGAAAUUGGGCCCACCUGGCUUGACGAGAGUUCAUCCAUUUUGCUGCCCGUAUGUGCUCCAAAUUCCGGUGGUCAGUGAGAAUCCGGAAUGGAUGGACUGCGCACUCCAGCCAGUGUCUCCAUUCCUCCAGAGCGAGGACCACCGCCAACAGCUUCCUGUCUACUCAGCAUGUCUCAGAACACGUCAUUGACGAAGGACUGGAACAUGGAAGGUGCGUUGGCGAGGCCGUAGGGCAUGACGCAGUAUUCAUCGUGGCCUGAGGUAGUGCUGAAUGCAGUCUUCCACUCAUCUCCUUCCCGGAUUCGGAUCAGGUUGUAGGCACUCCUUGGGUCCAACUUGGUAAAGUACCGGGCCCCUCGCCGCUGCUCGAUGGCCGACGGAACCAGAGGGAGGGGGUACCGGUACUUGGUGGUGACUGCGUUCAGCCCCCGGUAGUCAAUGCACGGCCUCAGUCCUCCGUCUUUUUUGGCGUCGAAGAAGAAGCUGGCGGAGGCAGGAGAGGUAGAGCGUCUGAUGAACCCCUGUUUCAGGGUCUCCGCCACAUACUUCUCCAUGGCCUCAGUCUCCACUAUGGAGAGGGAGUAAAUGCGACUCUUUGGGGGGUGUUGUCCCUCCAGCAGGUCAAUGGCGCAGUCCCAGGGCCAGUGAGGAGGGAGACACUUGGAGGCAGAGAAGACAUCGGAGAGAUUUGCGUACUCACGUGAAAUGUUGGGCUGGAGGGCGGACUCCGGACUCUCCACUGACGUGGAACAACAAACCACCGGCAGGCAGGUCCUCCGGAAUGAGGAGAACCAGGUUGUGAUCCUCUUAGUGAUCCAAUUGAUGGUGGGGUUGUGUAGUCUGAGCCAGGGCAAUCCCAAGACGAUCCGGUGAAGGGGUGAUGUGACAAUGUGGAAGGACAGCUCCUCGUGGUGCUCCAGUAGUGUGGGAAUGGUGAUGGUAAUGGAGAGAGUGACGUGCGUAAUGGUGCCUGAUCCAAGUGGUUUAUUGUCCAGCGAGGUGAGGUGUAGCGGAGAAGGCAGUGGCACGGUGGACAACCCCCAUUCAGAGACCAGCUCCCUAUCUAUAAGGUUCCCCGCUGAUCCGGAAUCUAUCAUUGCCGUUGAAAGCGAAGAGAAGGAAGAACCAUUCACCAUUAGGGGAACUAAAAACAGUGGUUUGGUGACAGGUGAUGAAGGAACACUUACGGAGCGGCGACGGGAGUCAUACCGCCUAGAUAGGGAGCCGCCAGGAGAUAUGUGGUCCGUGGUGGUGUAGGGGGUGUUUCCCACCUCCAUGGGUGAGGACCCGGAGGCAGGGCGGCUUCCAUAGCUCCGAUGGGGUGAGCGUCGAGGCUCCGGGAGGUGUUGGGAACGCUGUUGGUCUCCCAACAUGUCGUCAAGACAAAUGGACGUGGCAAUGAGGGUAUCAAGGUCCAUCUCGUCGUCCCGACAUGCGAGUUCUGUCGUGAUGUCCUUCCGUAAGCCUCUACUGAAGGCCUUGCGCAGAGCACGCUCAUUCCAGCCGGAAGAUGCCGCCACUGUGCGAAAGAUCAGGGCGUACUCGAACGCGGCCCCCUCUCCCUGUUGUAGCCGGAGGAGACGCUCACCCCCGUCCUUUCCCUCCGUGGGAAGAUCGAACACCGCCCUGAACCGAGCGAGAAAUGUGGAGUAGGGAAGCGCUGCGGCCUCACCUCCUUCCUAGACGGCCGUGGCCCAAUCCAGCACCUUUCCCUUCAGUAGCGAAAUCACCAGCACUAUCCUGGCUUGGUCCGAUGGAGAUGCCCCACGCUGACGCGCCAGAUACAGUGAAACCUGUAGCAGGAAGCCUCUACAUUUUGUCGUUUUCCCGUCAUAGCACUCCGGCAGGGCGAGGGGUCCCUCAGACAUUGGUGAUAGCAUGGGAGUAGGUGGACUGGGUGCACUCGCCGCUCCCUGAGGUGGAAUCGGAGCGAUGGUCAGUUUAUGCAGCGUUUGGAGCACUUCCUAUAUGGCAGCGUUCAGCUGGGCAAUCUGCUGCUGGUGCUGGUCGAGGCGCUGGGAAACACCAGGAGGAUUACCUGCUGCAUCCAUCUUCGUGAUUGGUGUGUGAUUCUGUGACGAGUACUGAGGAUACGAAGAGGCAGGACACAGACGCAGGAAUCAACAAUGUAAAGGUUAUUUAACACUGAGCAAGACAACAACAAAGAGCAAGUAGGGAAUAUACAAAACCUUGCAGAGGACACAUCCAACUGACAAUCGCUUAUAAAAAAAUAUUAAUAUAAACAAAAAAUAACUGAUGUUGGCACAAGAUGGAGGGAAAGUUGGAGCAUAACUAACGAAAUUACAGUUAACGAAAAUGUACACUUAAUCCAGUAGAAGCUAAUGUAUAGAAUGUAUUAUACAACAGACAAAAUUCAUGUCUUACGUGUAAAACUAAUAAUGACUCAAUAAUCCAUGCUUUCUGGGAAUGCUAUAAAGUCCGGAAGUUGUGGGCGGAGCUAUAAAGUUGGCUGUCAGAAGUAUUACAAUGUAAAUGUACUUUUAAUCCGUCUGUCUGCAUAUUUCAAGACAUGGCAUAUGGGGGUGUGGUGAGAUACCCUAUGGGCUGGACGAUUCUCUUCUCAUCACUCAUCUUGAAAAUACGUAUUGUAAAAACGUGGAAAUCAAUCAAUCCACCAUCAUUAACACAAUGGAAAAAUCAAAUGAUUUAUUAUUUAAAUAUUUAAAUAGCAUGGGUGACUGAGAAAAACAAAUUGAUACAAUUGCAGGCCAUGUGGCAAACAAUAAUGCAUGCACUAGGGAUGGGUGUGCACUAGGGAUGGGGGUGUGAGCAUGCGGGUCCGGGCAGAUGAGAUGUACUCAUUGUUUGUGUGCGUCUAUAAGUUGUUGUUCGUAAUGUUUGUAUAUGGAGUAAAAAAUUAAUACAAUUGGGCUCCCCUGAGUAAAUAAAAGUUAAUAAUAAAAUAUGGUUUAUUAGAUUUAGCAAGAUUUGGUUCUGGGUUCUGAGUCAGGGUUAAGGAUGCACAAUAUUGUUAUUGUCAACCCUGUUCUUCACACACAGGGGGAGUUCCUCAACUAUGACAUCAUGCUGGGUGUGAACCAGGGGGAGGGGCUUCAGUUCGUUGACGGGAUUGUUGACAGUGAGGACGGUGUCUCCGGCGACGAUUUUGACUUUGCCGUGUCGGACUUCGUGGACAGUCUCUACGGCUACCCGGAGGGGAAGGUAGGCUGUAGGAAAAUGUAUAUGCCCACCCAGUGUUUCUACGCAAGGUGUUGGAGGGCAAAGAAUAUGUUCAGCAAAAAGUCAAACUGCACUCUGCAUACUGCAAUCUAUCUAUGCUCCCAUGUGCUUUAUUGACAAGGUAUUUUUGUACCUUGUUUUUAUCCUUGCGGCAAGGACACGCUGAGAGAGAGCAUCAAGUUCAUGUACACAGACUGGGCCGACCGGGAGAACCCUGAAACCCGGCGGAAGACGCUAGUCGCGCUGUUCACUGAUCACCAGUGGGUGGCGCCGGCGGUGGCCACAGCAGACCUCCACGCCCAGUACGGAUCGCCAACAUAUUUCUACUCCUUCUACCACCACUGUCAGAGUGACACAUCGCCCGCCUGGGCUGACUCCUCCCACGGAGAUGAGGUGCCGUAUGUGUUCGGUCUACCGCUGAUCGGACCCACGGACCUCUUCAACUGUAACUUCUCUAAGAACGAUGUGAUGCUCAGCGCCGUGGUCAUGACAUACUGGACGAACUUCGCCAAGACAGGGUGAGAAAAAUCUCUUGUCUAACUCCUUCGCUAACAAAUAUCUCUUACUUUCCUCUAUUGAAUGGUAAAGUAACCACGGUUCACUUUUAAGAUCUAUUUCUGAUUGUGUUUGUGCUUCGUCUCAGAGAUCCUAACCAGCCGGUGCCCCAGGACACCAAGUUCAUCCACACCAAACCCAACCGCUUUGAGGAGGUGGCCUGGGCCAAGUACACCCCCAAGGAACAGCUGUACCUGCACAUCGGCUUGAAGCCACGCGUCAGAGACCACUACAGGUAGAUCAGAUAAUCACAGACCACUACAGAACACUACAGGUAGAUCAGAUAAUCACAGACCACUACAGAACACUUCAGACAGAUCACAUAGUCACAGGCCACUACAGGUAGAUCAGAUAAUCACAAACCACUACAGACCACUACAGAUAGAUCAGAUAAUCACAGACCACUACAGGUAGACAUUUCUUUGCCAACCUUUCCAAGAGCAACAGAUAUCUUGCUGCUGCCAUAUCUUGUUCAAGAAUGUAUAAUGAACCACUUUGUACUGUUAUUGUGUAUAUUUUAUCAGAUUCCUUGUGAAAUGUAUUUUUUCUUUGUAUGGAUGAUGAUUCUACUGCAAAACCCCCCAAAAACAUUUUUCUUAUCCAACUCCAGAGCUGCCAAGACAGCGUUCUGGCUACAGCUGGUGCCCCACCUCCACAACAUCAACGAGUUGCUGCAGUACGUGUCCUCUGCAACCCACAGCCCUCCCCAGGACACCACCCCCCACUCCUACACCAAGCGGCUGUCUAAAGGCCUGGGCCUGGGUAGCACGCGCCACCCCAACCCCAACCCCCCGGCCACGCCCCAGGCUCCAGCACUGCAGGGGGAGGAGCUGCAGGUCCCACACCCCGUUAUGGAGGACUACUCCACUGAGCUGAGUGUUACCAUUGCAGUGGGAGCCUCACUCCUCUUCCUCAACAUCCUGGCCUUUGCAGCUCUGCUCUACAAGAAGGACAAACGCAAGAUGGAACAUCGCAGGCUGCCACGCCCACCUCCACGCCGUGACAUCAUGAACGCUGACAUCACACACCAGCUGCAGGGGGAGGGGCUUCUGAAGCAGCUGGAGGCUGAGGCUCUGCACCAACACAACACGCUGGAGAUACACGACACACACAACAUACACCACACGCUGGAGGCUCUGGACACACUGGACACACAGGACAUCUACAACACUCUGGACACCCUGCGACUGACCUGUCCACCUGACUACACCCUGACCCUGAGACGCUCCCCUGACGACGUGCCCCUGAUGACCCCCAGGUCCCUGCCCAUGACCCCUGGCUCUCACCCCACCACCCCCAUGACCCCCAUGACCCCCAUGACACCUGGCUCUGUUGUGGGGGUGCAGCCCAUGCAGGGCUAUAGUCCUUACAGUAACACUCACCUGCCCAAUACACACAUGCACACACACCCCAACACACACACACAUUCUACCACACGCGUA